AAGUGGUAACAUUGGGAUCAUAUAGGAACACGCAAAAACGACUUUUUCUAAUAUUUAAAAUAUGUCACGGAAUGAAAAUGAUGAGUUCGUAUGGGGCUUUAAGUAUUAAACAGCGAGAUUCGGAUCAGAUCCACGUUCUUUCUCUGCCUCGUUGAUUUUGUUGCGCAAUCCGUUGGAAAGGAUAUUGCAAAAGGAGCUUUCUCAAACAUCCCAGAGACUAUGGAGAAGUGUCACGACAGUCGUGCGGUUCUGAGGAAACAUCCGAGUCCGCCAUAGUCUGUCUGACACGAGCUGUGUGUUAAUCAUAUGUGACUCAAACAAAGUUUGUUUGUUUUACUGAAUUAAAUUAUGACCUGGGAACGCCGCUAACUGUAGAUAUGGGUUGGCUGCCCCUCAUUUUCCUGCUCUUGUUUUUUUGGGCUGCUCGGGGUGCUGUGAUAUCAAAAGAACCUUCGGUUUUAGACUCUUGCAGAGACUUCGAUACGGCGUUUGAGCGAGUUUUCGCAGUUCCAGGGGAAGCCGCGGUCUUACACUGCACGUUGGACAUCCAUCAAUUCUUUAAUCCUGCAAACACCUCUUACAACAUAACAUGGUACGAUAAGAGAACGGGCUCUGAGGUCACACGGCUGGAUCAUGAUGUCAUAUUGCGGGACGAGGCACUGUGGUUCAUCAACAUCACCAGGGAGCACAAAGGGCACUACGCUUGUGUCAUCAGAACUGAACAGGAGUGCUUCAAACAGGCGACGGUGUUGAUGGUGAAUGAGAUGGCAGACAACUGCAUGCGAGAGCAAAAGGCAAUUCAGAAAAUCAACGCUCAUGUGAACGGUAUUCUCGCCUGUCCUCUGAGGAGUUAUCUCAAAAGUGUGGAUGAUGCUUCCAUCCAUUGGUACAAGAACUGUGAAGAGAUUCAAGAAGAUGAGAAGUUUGUGCCCAUGAAGGACAUGCUGCUGAUCAGAAAAGCACGUUUUGAAGAUGCCGGCUUUUACACCUGCAAGAUGACGUUUAGUUUGGAUGACGCUGUCGGUGAAAUGUCUGAAACUCUGGAGUGUGAAGUUGACGAUGAAUAUUCAAUGAAACCCCGAAUGGUCGAGCCGGUUAAUGACGUCAUGAAAGUGUCCAGCGGUUCAUCGUGCAGGAAACAGUGUCGGGUUUUCGUGCCGGGGAAGGGUAUUCAUUUGGUUGAAGUGCUCUGGAAAGUGACUUUGGAUUCCGAGGAGAACUUCGUCUCUCUGGACGUCUCAGAUCGAAUACAUCAGACGCCCCUCGAUGAAAGCAGCGCAGACGAUGGCGUGUGGAUGGUGCGCACGCUGUGGCUGACUGAGGUGUUCGAGGAAGAUUUUAAUCAAAUCUUCACCUGCAUGGUGUCAAGCGCCCGUGGUCAUCCCACUGGCCAGUUUAUACUCCUGCCCACAGAUCCGAACCUUCUCCUGCCUCUGGUUCUUGUCCUGGGUUCAGUGGCGUUUCUCUUCAUGACGGGCGUUCUUCUCUGCACUUUAUUUAAGGUGGAGCUGACCUUGUGGGUCCGGAACAUGUUUCCAUUCUUCUACAAAACCACAGAUGGUGACGGUAAGCAGUUUGAUGCGUACAUUGCCUAUCCAAGAGUUCUGGAAGGCUCCAGCGAAAUGGCCGAGAUGUUUGCUAUGAUGACUUUACCUCAGGUCUUGGAGGGACAAUAUGGUUAUAAACUUUUCAUUCUCGGCCGGGACAGUCUCCCAGGAGAAGCUGUGGUGGAUGUCGUUGAAGACGCUCUGAAGGGCUGUCGCAGACUCCUGCUGCUCUACACGGCAUCUUCUCUCUGCAGUCCGGAGGCGCAGGAAUGGGCCGAACAGCAGGCGGGUCUAUACCGAGCCCUGGUGGAGAAUGCCAUUAAAAUAGUGCUACUAGAGAUGGAGGAAAUCCAGGAUCCGCGGAGGCUUCCCGAGAGCGUUCGUCUCAUCCGGGAGAAACAGGGAGCGCUGCAGGCCUGGAAAAGAAGGAAGAGGUGGAUGUGCUGCGACGGGACAUCGGAGGAACGCGUGACCUCUCUCGAUCCCACUGAACGCUUCUGGAGGGGGGUGCGCUAUCACAUGCCCAUCCGAGGAAAAGCUACAAAGAGAAACGUUUGGUUUAGUUUGUAGAUCUGGAGGUCACAGAAACUUUCGUGUGAACUGUUGAUGGCAACGGUGACGGGACACUUGGCCUGCUUUCCAGACUUCUGUCGGGGAGAAAAAUAAAUUCAGAGCGCUUUGAAUCAAAUCAGCUCGACUCUGAAAUGAAUCGCAAACAUUUCAAUUAUUCUUUUGAAUAAAGCUUUGAAGUUCUGAUAAAAAGAAGGACUGCGUACUUAAGACUUAUACAACACAGGAUUUGUCAAAUACAGUGUCAGAUACAAUGUUUUGCAUUAAUGGGCAAUAUUUACCCUCUGGAUAUAAUUUUAGGAGCAUUUCUUUACCCAUUUGUUCAAAAACUGUCUUUUUUGGUUUAAUGGUUUAAUCCCUCAAUCAGUUUUUAAUAUCAAUCAACUCUUGUGUUGUGUGAUUGUGCAAUGUGGCCUAAAAUAGAAUGUUAAGGAUGAAUCAGAAAUAAAAUGCUGCAGGUCUGUGCCCACUUCA